AAUUAUAAAAAAAAUGAAAAAAUUAAACAUCUUGCGCCAGUACAUUCUUUUUCAUAUCUUUUUGAUUCACGCCGCGACAAUGUUGAUGCUGAUCGUGUGCACAGUUAAAUAAUCGCUGAAUUCUGCAAACGGGAUGUUACGCUUUUAUCUAAUUUACCGAAAAUAAAUGCUAACUGAAAAUAUUUUUAAUCGUUUUUAAAUGAUCGAAGCGAUCGUUUAAAUUAAGUCGAUGUCACCUCGUUUCUUCGGUUAUCACGUGCGGUAGCGCCGAGUUUAACCUCAAAUUGAAAAGAACAACUCCGUGCAUUUCUGCCGAGGAUAGGUGGGCACAUUCAUAAAGCGAUUAAAUUUGUAAAAAAAUGAAGGGCGCGAUGACGGUAUUCAGAAGCUUGCGAACCAGCGAGUUCGCGGCGACGUUUCGCACGUGCUACAGAAAGUACUCCACCAAAGAAAAUUACACAACGGCGGAGAAGGUGGUCCAUCCGUACUGGGGAAUUCACCCAUGGAAAUCUGAGAAAGAGUUUACUGAUGAUUUGCUGAAAAAUGUCAUUUACAAUGCAGAUGGAAUAAUUGCAAUAAACAAACCCUAUGGUAUAUCUAUAGCUAAUAGAAAACCAAAUUUAAAUAAUCACCGCAUGCAGUUAAAUCACAAGAUUGUAGGAGCUGUGGAUUAUGCUGUAGAAGAUACUUUGCCGUAUCUUGCGAAGGAAUUAGACGUACCAAUUUUAAUACCAUGCUUAGGAGCAGAAAAAUAUAUGUCUGGCGUAUAUGUUUUUGGAAUUAAUGACCAAGUGUGUCAGCAGUUAGCAAUUGCAAGAAACCGAACUUAUGGCAAAUAUAGAAAAUAUUGGGCAAUCACGAGCCGAGUUCCCAACGAGAUCAAAGGAAAGUAUCAUCUAGCAAUGAUUUUAAAAACAUCUGUUUUAGGAGAUAAAAAGCCUGUUAUUGUGACUUCUUGGAGCAAUAAUUCAGUGAAAAGGAACGAAACCAAGAUAAUGAACAUAGAUUACAAAGUCAUCUCCAAUUCGACGCAUAAUUUAAGUUCCCUAAUAGAAAUUAUAGCAUCCUCGAGAAAGUGGAAUGGUAUCAGGUUGUUUGCUUCUACUAUGCUAUAUGCUCCGAUUCUUGGAGAUAAUAUUCACGGAUCGCGAGUUCAGGAGAUUAUGGGUACAUGGCUAAGAGUCGAUCCAUUCUCCGAUUCCUGUUGGGACUUACCAAAGUUAAAUCAAGAACUGCUAAAACUACUAGACAUAACGCCAAAACAACAAGAGAUUAUUCCAGCACAUAUACACUUGAAAAGUGUGCACUUGGUUUAUGGCAAAGAGAAGAAAGAUUUAAUAAUAGAAGCACCCUUGACGGAAUGGUUUGAUUGGACCUGUAAGCAACUUAAGUUCAAGAUAUCAAACGAAGUGAAAACUGUGGAUAAAGAAGGAGAGUUAGCUUAUGUGUAACAUAUAUGAUAGCAAUUAACUCAAAUGCAUUUCUCACUAAGGCUCAUUGGCAUUAAUGUAACUCAAUUUUAAACUCGAUUUAACUUACUUUUUUCUGGUUCUAAAAACCUUUUUCUAGUUUUAAGUUAGAAUUAAAAAAAAAACAUUAAAUUGAGUUUUAAGUUAAGCUACAUUGAUACAAAUGGGUAUAAGAAUAUUGUAAUUGUAAUAAAAUUGUAAUAAAAACUUUAAUUAAAUUGAUAA